AUGCGUAAUGCGGAGAGGCGUGAGGAGCGGGAUGUGAUGGGUGCAAGUAAAGAAGCAGCGGCCGACACAAUGGAGAAUCUGAAGGAGCGGGAUACAAUAGGUGUCAAUAAGAAAGCAGAGGCCAACACACAUAGCAUAGAGAAGCGGCAAGAACGGGAUUCAAUAAGUGCAAAUCAGGAAGUAGUAGCCAAUAUAUGUAGCACUGAGAAGCAGGAGGAGCGGGAUGCAAUAGGUGGAAAUAAGGACACAUCUGUCAACAUGUGUAAUAUGGAGACGCGGGAGAACAGGCUUAGCUCAGAGACGAGGGAUGAGAUGGGUGCAGAUAAGGAAGCAGUGACGGAUACGGGUAACACGGCAAAGCGGGAUGAGGUGGUUGCAGAUAAGAAAGCAGUGGGUGCAUUCAAUGGUAAAAAGGCCAAUACUACAGGAACAGAUAUCACUGGGCAGGAUAUCAAGAUGACAGGGGAUGCAUAUACCAGCAAGAAGGAGGAUACUGUUAAAACUGCUCUCUAUACCAUUCUAGACACAUGA